AUGGAAAAGAAGAAGAGGCAGCUAUCUUUGAAUUUUACCUCAAUGGCAUCGAAAAAGGGAAAGAUUGAGACUGAAUUGUCAGAAUGGGCAAAAUUAGAACCUUUGACCUCCAAAAUCGACUACGAUGGGGAUUUCAAUUAUAUAAAAACUAUAGCUGACAAAACAAACUUGUAUAUUGGCGCCCACAUUUCUGCCAGUGGAGGGAUUGAAAAGAGCCCUGUAAAUGCAUACUUAAUUGCAGGUCAAUCAUUUGCUAUGUUUCUUAAAAAUCAGAGGAGGUGGGAUUGCCCUGAUUUGACAGAAGGAAAUAUUAAGGCAUACAAUUCUAUAUGUAACAAAUAUGGCUACAGGCAAGAAUAUGUGUUACCACACGGUUCAUUUCUUAUUAAUAUGGCGAAUCCAACAGUUGAGAAGAGAAACAGAGCCUUUAGUAAUUUCAUGGAUGACCUAAAAAGAUGUGAACAACUUGGGAUUAAGUUGUAUAAUUUUCACCCUGGUUCAACAUGUGGUUUGUGUGAGAAUUCAGUUGGCAUCAAAAACAUUGCAAAUUGUAUAAAUGAUGCAAUUUCCCAGACUAAAUUUGUUAAAAUUGUGUUGGAAAAUUCUGCUGGCCAAAAGAAUGUAAUAGGGUCUAAAUUUGAAGAUCUAGCAAAUAUUAUCUCUCAAGUUAACAAUAAGGAUAGGGUUGGCGUCUGUUUAGAUACCUGCCAUCUAUUUGCUGCAGGUUAUGACAUUAGGACUAAGGAUGGUUUCGAAAGUGUAAUGAAAAGAUUUGACAAAAUUGUUGGGUUGAAAUAUUUAUCAGGAAUCCACUUGAACGACUGUAAGUCCGACCUCUCCAGUGGGUUGGAUCGCCAUGAAAAUUUGGGCAGAGGGAAACUAACCAAGGAAACCUUCCAAUUCAUUGCCAAUGCGCCUUAUUUUCGUAAUAUGCCCAUAAUACUGGAAACCCCAGAUAUCAGGGGAGAUGAGACCAUUUACAAGCAGGAAAUCAAGCUCAUGUACAGUCUAGUAGAGAUUUAA